AUGUUCAAUAUUUCUUCAAGACUAAGACCACGAAAGUGGAUAAUACGAAAAAAAGGAGGAAUACAUAAAUCGUCUUUAAAAAGAUCUCUUGCUGAAAUGUUUCGCUUCUUUGCGAAAUUGGCGAUAUUGGCCCUCGCCCGGGCGCAAGAAGAUGUGCAAGUCACGUGCGAACCGGAAGAAAUGCGCAUUCAAGUGACGAAAGCAGUAGUCGAAAGCAACGGCUUCCGGCAAGAAGACGUGCACCUCACCGAUUCCAGCUGCGUUUUCAACGAGGUCGACGAGGACAACCAAUACUACGUGUACCGAGUUUCGCCGCUGUCAGCCUGUGGGACUGAAAUUAAGAUCAAUGGCACCCACGUUACCUACAACAACAAGCUCGCUGCUGGCAGCCCAGAUGAGGAGCUCAGAAAGGGACAGGUCGUCAUUGGAAGCAAAAAUAGCCAGUCGCGACAAUCUUUGGCCGCCAAGCUCCGCUGCGUAUUCCCCGUCGAGUUGAUGGUGUCAUCCGCUUUCCUGCCCAACAUUUCCUUCAUCAACAUUCCGCUUCCGGACUCUUUUGGCGUUGGUUCUUUCCAGGCGUCGAUGGCUCUUUUCGAAAAUGAACUUUACGAAGACCAAUAUCUCGAAAACCCGAAGAUUUCAAAUGAAGACCUUCUUUACGUCGGCGUUCAACUUCUCGGAGAGAUUCAAUCGGACGUCUUCUUGAAAAUGGAUCGAUGCUGGGCCACUCCGAUCGCUGACGCUAAAUCCGACAAACAAUUCGAGCUUCUGACCGAUUCCUGCCCAGACUCACUCGCCAAGGAGCAGGGAAUGAAUGUCACCCAGAAUGGAGUAGCUACGACCGCCCGAUUCCAGAUGCCCGUCUUCAAGUUCGUCUCCUACUCCGCUGUCUGGCUUCACUGCGACCUCCAAAUCUGCGUCAAAGAAACUUGCCAGCCAACUUGCGAUGCGCGACGAAAACGUAGCUCUGGCUCUGAAGAAUGGGAUCAACGGCACCUGAUUUCCGUCGGUCCAAUUCAGCUCAGCUCUGGCGAAGAAUUGGCGAUUGAAGAGACUGUCAAGUUCAUCGAGGAAGAAAUCGCCGAACAAAGCGACAAGAUUGUUUUUACUCCCUUCCACGUCGCUGUUUUGGGCGCUCUCUUAGCCGUAUCAGUGCUCUGCAUCGCCCUGACCAUCUUCCUUUGCCGAAAACCAUCCAAGGCAUAA